AGCCCUCUGUGCCUGAAGAUCAGAGGGUGACAUGCGCAUUGCACGGAGCGCUCACGAUCCGCGGACACAAUGCUGGAAAAUAAAGCGCGCAGCUUGCUUCUUGAUAUCUUGCAGUCCCUCAAUAAGCUGUUAUGACUUGUCCCAUCAGGAAAGUGUCAUUCUUGGUAUUCGCUACUGGUAAAUUGACCCUGCGGACUGGUGGAGGAGGUGGAUGUGCUGUGCUUGGAGCUCAGUGGGGACCUGUUGAUAGCCCACCGGCGCUGCAAUGGAGGUGCCAAACAGAGAUGAAUGACGUGUAACUGAGACAGAAAGUCACAAAUACACAAUUUAUCCAAACAAUCUGUCAGGCAACGAUGGAAAUCAUGGAUACUCAGCGUGCCUUGGAAGCUGUGGUGAGAUUGCAAGCCAAACUGAAGGAGAGAGGAGAGGCCCCCACACAGGAGAAACUCUCCCUGCUAAAGACUGUCCUGCAGAGCCCCCUGUUCCAUCAUAUACUCAGCUUACAGCAAGCUCAGCGGAAGCCCCCAGCAAAGGGGAAGAUUUCCAAAUCAGUGUCCAUGAACUGUGGCCCCUGCCAGGGCAUGGGGCUGGACCUGAAGACGCUGAGCCACAGUGACUCUUACACAUGGGCCAUGGAGGGCCGAAGGCCCAGCAAUGCCAGAUCCAUCCACGGGCAUGGCAGCAUCUCUUCUCUUGGCUCACAGGAACUGUCCUUCGUAGAUAUCUACACAGACAACUGCAUUCAAACUGAAUCCCAAUACUGCACUCCCCCUCGAAUGUCCCGCACCAUGUCGAUGGGGAGAAACCUGUCUGCUAUUGCUCAUGAGAAGCGCCAUGUGGAGAUGAUAGAGCUGGCCAAUGAUGGGAAAGGGCUUGGUUUUGGCAUCAUAGGAGGGCGAAGCACAGGAGUCAUGGUCAAGACCAUCCUUCCUGGUGGAGCUGCUGGACGGGAUAAGCGCCUGCGUAGCGGAGAUCAAAUCCUGCGCAUCGGAGAUACAGAUCUGGCGGGCAUGAACAGCGAACAGGUGGCACAGGUACUGCGAAAUGCUGGUACCAAAGUGAAACUGCUCAUCGCCAGGGACAUACCCAAGGACAAGUACCUUUCCUCUCCUGUCCUAAGCCAGAACAGCUUAGAUGGCAAGCUCAAUGACUUGAAUGAUGACUAUGAGUUCAGUGUGCAGUUCACUAAGAACAGUCGGGGCCUGGGAUUCACCAUUUCUAGCUACAUAGGUGACCUAAACUCAGUCUACAGCGCUGGUGUGAUAGUGAAGAGCAUAGUGAAAGGCAGCACUGUCGAUCAAGAUGGACGCAUCAACAUUGGAGACGUCAUCCUAUCUGUGGACGGGGUGAGUCUGCAGGGCUGCAGUGAGCAGCGUGCCAUGGAGGUGCUGAGGAGGACAAGUCCCCUGGUCAGACUGAGGUUGCUGAGGAAGGCUGUACGUCUGAGUCACAUCCUGCCCCCAGUUCCUCCCCUGCACCCCCUCCGACACUCCCACAGCUUCCACGAGGGCAAUCCCUACAGACUGGGCCUCAACAAGAUUCAAGAGACAGGAAUCUGCUCGCUGCGUGAAAUCUCCCGUCGAGCAGCAUACGCCAAUGGACGACCCCGACACAGUUCCAGAAAUGGUGUGAAACUGACACCAACUGAGGAAGAAGACCUGAGGAAGAGGUGGCAACAUGCAGUUGGACAGCGAUUUGAAGUUAUUGUGUGUCAGGUGGAGCGUUUCAAUGAGACAAGUGGCCUCGGCAUCAGUCUGGAGGCUCGGGCGGGACAUCACUAUCUGUGCUCCGUCUUACCUGAGGGGCCAGUUGGCCAAAGCGGCAAGAUCUUCAAUGGAGACCAGAUAUUGGAGGUGAAUGGGAUUCCUCUCAUUGGAGAGACACAUAAGGAGGUGGUCAAUAUUCUAAAGGAGCUGCCGAUGCGUGUUUGCCUGGUGUGCUCUCACAUUGUACCCCCUGCAAUUCCGGACAGUGAUGAUGAAGAUGACAAUGAUGUUCAUCUCACCCUGAAAGAGCUGCUGGCUGAGUUCAAUGACAAGUUGGACCAGGGUUGUGCUGUUCCCUGUCCUACAGCUGAGGACAUCACCAAGCGUGGCGUGCCCCCCAUGUCACCUCCUCUGGCCAUGUGGGAGAGAGAGGCUCAGGUGGUCGAGCUGGAGAAAGGCGAGUCGGGACUGGGCUUCAGUAUCCUGGACUACCAGGAUCCAGAAGAUGCCACUAAAACAGUUCUGGUAAUCCGGUCCUUGGUGCCUGGAGGUGUAGCAGAUCAAGAUGGUCGCCUGCUGCCUGGUGACCGACUCAUGUUCGUUAAUGAAAGUGACUUGGAAGGCUCCAGCCUGGAUUAUGCCGUGCACAUCCUGAAGUCCACCGGCUAUGGCCCUGUCCGCAUUGGAGUUGCCAAACCACUGCCUCUGGAACUGUGUGGUGGAUUAACACCCAUCUCAGAGAGGAGCCUUCGGGUUUCCUGUGAUGACCCUGAAAGCCACUCUCAGAUCAGCCUGCUAGCAGAGGCUAACACCAACACUUGCAACUCUGAGGACAACCGCAUCACCCAGCCGUGCUACACUACAACGGAAAACCGGCUGCGUCAUCGUUUCAGCAUUAUGGAAGACGAAGAUAGGCAGCAAGCGCCGCCUCUGCCGCCCCGCACCAGCUUUGAGAGGACAAUCACUGUUGUCCGGGGCAACCGUGGCCUUGGGAUGUCGGUGAGUGCUAUCAAAGACGGCUCAGGCAUGCUGGUGCGCAGUGUGGUCCAGGGGGGCUCUGUUAGCCAGGAUGGCAGGCUGGGGGUCGGUGACGCCAUCUUGGCCAUCAACGGAGAACCUACCUCCAAUCUGACCAACGCCAGGGCCAGAGCCACGCUCCGCAGGCAAUCUGUCAUAGGGCCAGAGAUGAGCAUAACCUAUGUCCCGGCCCAUCAGGUGGACGAGUACCGUACCCGUCUGUGUUUACCCCCUCUGGCAUCCAUUGCAGCAGGCAGCUCUUCCUCACCCACCCCACCAACCCCUUCUCCAGAACCUGCCGUGGCCCAGGCCAGAUCACCCGGUCCAGUCAGAGCUGCAGCUCCAACUCCAGUUUCAUCAACCCUCAAACCCUCUGCUUCAGUCAAAUUUCGAGCCGCAGCUCCAGAUCCAGCAGAAGUCAGAGCCUCUGCUCCAUCCAAAGCUCCAUUCAAAGGCCCAGCCGUAGUCCAUACCAUCACCCCGGCCCCAGACUCAAGUUGGCAGAUUCCAAAAUCUCAACCUCACAAUAAGAAGGAGGAAGGAAAAGAAGAUGGAGAGAUUGUGGAGGAGAAAAAGCAUAAAAGUAGUGCAGGUGGGAAAGUACCACAGCUGGAGGUGGAGAUAAAGGUGGACGGUAAAGAGGAGGGAGAAGAGGAGCUUUAUUCUCAUACCACAGUUUCUUGGGAUCAACCUAGAAGUGUGCAGCUGACUCGAGCGCCAGACCAGUCCCUGGGUAUCAGCAUAAUGGGAGGCAGAGGCAUGGGCCGGAGAUUGAGCAGUGGAGAGAUGAUGAGGGGAGUCUUCAUCAAGCACAUCAGCCCCGACAGCCCGGCAGCACAUAAUGGCACCCUCCGGACUGGAGACAGGAUACUAGAGGUGUGUGGUGUGAACCUAAGAGAUGCCAGCCAUGAGCAGGCAGUGGAGGCCAUCCGCAGGGCUGGAGACUCUGUGGUCUUCCUGGUGCAGUCUGAACAGCACAGAUCUCAGUCCCCUAUGCUUACCAACUAUGAGAGACUAACUCCAACACCGCAGUCGAACUCACACAGCAGCAAGGAAGCAGAGACUCUCAGUCUGUUCCUUAGUCUUUCCCCUACAAACCCCUUCACUCCCACUCCCUUUAAGGUACCUUCGCCAACAUCUGAUAGAACGAAUAGGAGAAGCCCCAUAACUGUCGCAACACCAAUCACGACGGCAGCUGAAGAUGAGGGUGAUACUGGCAGGAAAAAGAUGCUUCAGCGUUAUGGUAGCCUGUCUGGGAAGCUCCAUAUGAUUGAGCUGGAGAAGGACCCUGAGGCUCACGGCCUGGGAAUCAGCCUCUCAGGGAACAAGGAUGCUUCCAGGGCCCGCAUGAGUGUCCACGUGGUGGAUAUAGACCCUCAAGGACCUGCUGGUUUAGAUGGGAGGAUACGGGUUGGAGACGAGCUACUGGAGAUCAACGGUCAGAUCUUGUACGGCCGGAGUCACCAAAACGCCUCCGCCAUCAUCAAUAACACUCCAUCGAAAGUCAAGAUAAUUCUCAUCAGGAAUAAAGUAGCUCUGGGUCAAACAGCACAUGGAUCCACAACAGAGUACAAGGACACAGGUGACUCCCAGACAGACUCUGCACAGCGUGGAGGAUUAUCCACAGACAUCCAGCACAUCAUCCUACCGCAGGAUCACGUAGGUCUUGGCCUCUGCCUGGCAGAGGGGGAGUCCAAGGAAGGAGUGGUGGUCAGGUCCCUGAUCCAGCACGGCACUGCCAGUAAGGAUGGCAGGAUAAAGGUUGGAGACAUAAUCAUAGCAGUGGGUGAUGUACCUGUGGCAGGACUGUCAGUGUACAAGGUGUCCAGUUUGAUUCUCAAACAUCGGGUCACUGUCAAGCUCUCCAUCAGCCCCUCCAAGAGUCUCUCUUCCUCUUCUUCUUUACCUUUUCCGACAUCCUUUUCCUAUCCCUGCUCUCUCUCUCCUGCUUCACUCCCUGUCUCCUUCUCUUCAUCACUCAAUGCCAUGCAGACCUCUCCCACCGGGCAGUCUGAUUGGCUAGGAUCAGCUCCCACAACCACUGACCCCCUGUACUGCCCAGUUGUGGCUGGCAGGGAAACAACGAUAGAGUUUUGUAAAGGAAAUGUAGGCCUGGGCCUCAGCAUUGUCGGAGGAUGUGACACUCUGCUGGGGGCGGUAAUAAUCCAUGAAGUAAAUGAUGCAGGAGCAGCACAGAGAGAUGGAAGGCUGCAGGCUGGAGACCAGAUAUUAGAGGUAAAUGGUAUAGACCUGCGGCAGGCCACUCACGAUGAGGCCAUUGGCGUGCUGCGGCUCACCACCCAGCGUGUUCGCCUGUGUGUCUUCAGGCACCAGGAGGCCUACAGGGAGGAGGACCUGUGGGACGUCUUCAGCCUGGAGCUGAGGCCUCGCCCUGGAGAGGGGCUGGGGUUAACCACAGUGGGGAAGACUAAUGACACAGGCGUCUUUGUGUCAGAUAUCAUCAGAGGAGGCGUAGCGGAUUCAGAUGGCAGGUUGUUGCUAGGUGACCAGAUUCUGUCAAUCAAUGGGGAAGAUGUCCGUGCAGCAUCGCAGGAACAUGCACACACGCUUCUACAGAGUUGCAGUGGAGCAGUCCACCUGGAGGUGGCUCGUUUUAAAGCUGGCCUGCAGUACUCACAGCAGAGCCAGGAGUACUUUAAGUUGUGUUUUAUCCAGAGCGAAGACUCUGACUGUUCCACCCUGACCCCCUCAAGUGGAUGUGAUACUCCCCACAGCCACCAGAGGGAGACAGAUAACAAGACAGGGAGCUACUCAUUUCAAGACUACCCUGACUCCAGAAAAGUAAUAAUAGAAAAGGGUCCAUGUGACUCCCUGGGCAUCAGUGUAGCAGGAGGAGUGGGCAGUCCCCAUGACAACGUACCUCUUUUCAUUGCUACCAUGGAUACCAAUGGACUUGCUGCCAAAACGCAGCAAUUACAGACAGGAGACAGGAUCCUCAGUAUCAGUGAUGUGUCUAUGGAGGGAAUGACUCAUGUCCAAGCUGGAGUCCUGCUGAAGAACGCCCCUGGAACCGUGCGUGUGUAGGUGGCAGUGGGUUCUGAUGGGUGCAGCACAAAGGACCACAAUGAUAUGCAUGCGCGGACGUCACGCCAGUCCAGCAGCCUGCCCCGCUUUCACAACAACCUCUCUGCUCGCACGUAUAAGACCAUCACUCUAGAGAGAGGCUCCUCGGGCCUGGGCUUCAGCAUCGUAGGAGGGUUCAGCAGCCCUCACGGAGACCUGCCGAUCUAUAUCAAAACUGUCUUCAACAAGGGGGCGGCCAUAGAGGACGGCAGGCUGAAACGUGGAGAUCAGAUCAUUGCCGUGAAUGGACAUUGUCUGGAGGGCAUGACUCACGCUGAAGCUGUGGAUAUCCUCAAGAAGACCAAGGGAACUGUAGUCCUAACAGUACUCUCUUGAGACACGGUCCGUUGUGUCCGGUCGUCAUUAUGUCUUUAAAAGUAGCCCAUGAAAUAAUGUAGCUGCCUCCUGUAGCACUGCCUCACACAAGCCUAAGAAGGAAAACGUGGACAGUUAAAGUGAUAUAGCUUUGUUUAAAAUCAUAGGUAGAGUAGAUACUGUAAGUGUAAAUGUAUCUGAAUUUAGUUUGGGAAAAGCUACCUCUAACUGCAACUGGGUGUUAACAUGCACAGUUUUACCAAUAUAAACUCCUAUUCUUGUUAAGGUGUUAUUAGAACAUAUGUGUUGCGUUGCUGUCGGGCAAAAACCUUGUAUAUCCAAGGCUAAAAUGAGUUGAGAUGUUUUCAUUUUAGCCUUUACUGAGUUAUUUACCUCAGACAAAGUCAGCUGAAAUCGCCUCGUCACAGUUUAAGUAUUUGUAAAAACCCCAGAAAGACGAAAAGAGUGACCAAUAGCACUGAUUUAUGAAAAAAUAAAUAAAUAUGGAGAUACAAGGUUUCUGCCCGACAGUGACGUUAUGUUAUAUUAAUCUUCAUAUCCCAAUCAUGAAUAUCUCUGUGUUCAUACAAAUGGGAUAUUUUUAAAGUUACCAUAGAAACAAUGCUCAUAGAAAUCAAAGCACCAAAAGCAUAUAUUAAAUAAGCCAAUACAGCAGUGUCCUAACUGAUGAUCAUGUGUCUUAGUUAUCCCGAUCAAGGUAUUAAUAAUAUAUUUUAGCAUCGAUAUGCAUCAUGUAAACACACUCAUGGAUAAAUUACCAUCCCCAAACUUUUGUAUCUGCCGACCACACAUCAAUGCAAUAGAAGCAUCUCUCAAGACACAAUGUCACAUGUAUUUAGUGCUGUCUAUAAACUUCUGUUCAUUCAAACAUGCCAAGUGCUUCUGCCAAUCUUUUGUAUGGCAAUAAGGUUUUAGGUUAGACAGUUUUACUUUUAUUCUUUAUUCUCAUAUUCUAAUCAUUAAAGGUGUGGCAUGAUUGCUUGAAUAAUCAAUGUACUUUUAAUAUCUUUAAUACUUUAAAUAUCAGCUAUUUAUUUACCAAGUUAUUUAUUACUGUUUUCAUUAUCUGUAACUUGAUCAGUUGUCUUUCAGGAAGUAUUGUUAUAGUGCAAUGUGCAAUCUUUAUUUAGAAACCUGAUACUUGUUUUAUAUUAAUUUAUUUAUAGUGUGAUAUUUAUGUUUUCGUCACAGUCUUCACAAUUUAUUUCAUUUCAUUCAUGUCAGUAGUCCUCAGAGCCACAGUGUUUGGGAUUGUGUAACAUUGUACAACUGAAUGUAAUGUUAGUGAUCUUAUUAAAUGUUCAUUUGUUAGAG